CCCCUCUCACAGGAGCGACACUUUUCCUCUAAAACAUUAAAUAUGUCAGGAACGGCGACUUUAUCCCCGCGAGCUCCUAUAAAUCAGCGGAAACUCUCACGGAGACCCACCCGGGGGCUCGGCGGGGUGGUCUGAGCCGCGUGCUCUGAGGGACUCGCACUUGUGGCGCACUUCUUAUUUCCUCGUCUGCUGGCAGGGAGUCACUCCUGAAACAUGUGUCUGUGUGUCACCCGCGGAUGUUCCGUCUCCGGGCUCGCUCUUCUCCCGAGUUUCCUCUCAGAACCGGUUUAAACCAAACGCACUCGAGGCGCGUUGACUGUGGGGUAGAGUCUGUCUGUCUGUCGAGGGGGUCUCAGGCGCGCCGUUACGGUUACUGAGCGCUCAGACUCUGACAGGUGAGGGAGGCGCUGGUUGCCGUUUUAAUUGGGAUUCCUGGUAACCCCCCCACUCCACCCCCGGCGGGGCUUUAAUGAAGCUUUGAUGCAGAAGCCGAGGUGUCGAGUAUGAUGAGCUCCUCCUCAGAGCACGCGGGCUGCUGUUCCCCCAGACCCGGGCGGGCUCUUCAAAUCCUCUACAGCGUCCUCCUGCUCUGGAGCAGAGAAAUGCACGGACUCUCCGACUUCUCAAACUACUUGUUCAGGAUCAUAAACAGUCACUCAGCUCGCGCCCGUGACGGGGAGCGUGCGCUGCUGUCGUGCCCGCGCCACUCUACCAUCGCCGUGCACGCAGCUUUCUACGGGCAGGACGGGGCGCUCACUGGGAAUGACAUCAGCUGCUCCGCGCGCACAGCCUUACAGAAGAUGCUGUCAGAAUGCCAGGGCCAUAGACACUGUCAGGUUCUGGUUCACCAUCAUUUGUUUGGCCGAGACCCUUGCCCCGGGACCCCCAAAUACCUUCAUGUGUCAUACAGCUGCAAACCCACGGAGCAUAAGAACAGGACCAGGUGUGAGGGAGAUCAGAUGCUGCUCCACUGUAAGUAUCCAAAGGUGCUGAACAUCUAUUGGGCCGUGUACGGGAGAGAACUUGGAGAGAGAGAGGCUUGUCUGGCAGAGGAGGAACAGGCACCGCCGUAUGAGUGUUUAUAUCAUGGGGCCUUAAACGCAGUGAGAAGUGUGUGUUAUGGAAAGCAGAGGUGCCUGCUUGCCAUUGAUGAUCAGCAUUUCAGAAACCCCUGCGCCCCUGGAACAAAGAAGUACCUCACCAUCUUCUACUCUUGUGUUCCCCAGAGUUUGCUCAGAGAGGCUGACCCUGACUUUUUCAAAACUACCUCGGCUCCCCAUGAGACCACCAAGGCAGGGGACUUUCCACAUGUCAGAGAUUCCAGAUUACCAGAAAACAAUGGAAUUAUUUUGAGCAGCUCUCUUAUGGCAUAUGGCUACAUUAAAGACCAUGCUGAGAUGGCGGGCCUGCUCUUCGUCUCCGGCGUGUGUCUGGGGCUGCUUGUCAUUCUGCUGGCCAUCUCCGUGAAGCUGACAUGCACCAGGCAUCUUCAAGGAACAGGCUGUCUGAAGAAGAAACAGCCAGAGGAACCAAAAAUUGAAGAUGACGAUGAUGAUGAUGAUGACACUGAUGACGAGGAGGAGUCCGAGCCAUUGAUGGACAGUUCUAUGAUGUCAGACGUGGGCAGGACAGUGUAUUGUUGGGAGGAAAUGACAUAUACCACUGAAGCAGCAGAGCUGAUGGAGAGGCUGGAACGACGGGAGAUGGUCAUCCAAGAGAUCAGGAUGAAUGCGUACCUGAAUGGUACCUCCUGUACUCUUCACUGACCAAUGCACAUUAUUUUGACAGGUUUGCUUCCUUUGCUUUGUUGUAAUGGAUAAAUGCAUGUACACGUAUUGCUGUCAAGUCAUUUAGGAAGUCAGAUGGAUCCUCAGGUGACGAUCACUGUGUGGUCAUUACACGUUACUUAUGCACCUUUCAUAUAUUUCUUAUUAAGUUAUUUAAUACUGAAUUAAAAAAGUUUGAAUAA